UCUCUGUCUCUGUCUCUCUCUCUCUCUCUUCUCCCCUCCCCUCUCCUUCCCCGACCUCUCUCCCCUUCUCUUUCUUUCUCCCUCUCUCGUUUCCUCCUCUUCCCACGCACGUCCCCCUCACGUGCUCUUCGUCGACCCUCUUCUCCCGAAACCCUAGAUCGGUACCCGCUCUAACUCCCAAAACCCUAGGGCUAGGGCUAGGGCUAGGGCUAGGGCUAGGGCUAGGGUUAGGAGGCGUCACCCUAAUUAAGGGCUCAGCUUGCGCCGUAAUGGAGCUCGACGACCGCCGCCGGAGCGGCGCGGCAGCGGCGGCGCCGCCUCCGCCCGAGCGCGCCGUUCGGGCUUCUCGCGCCGAUUCUUCUCGUGUCCUCGAGAAGCUCCUAGGAGGGUCAGGGUCCCAAGAUAGCAGGCUCUGACUAAAAGAUUUUGCUUUUGCUGCAGCGGAACAGUGUUGGAACAAAUUAAUGAAAAAGCUGUACUUUGUUUUUUGAGCAGACUGACUCAAACAAUCCAGCUGGGUCAAACAUGCUCUCAUAUAAGAAAAGCAAAACUGCAAAAGAAACCUUCUACUAUUACUUCGGUGUUUUCAUCCGGCUUAUUUUUUUUGCAUUGAUUGAUCUUAGUAACUAAUCUAUUUGAUACUUUUCUUCCUUGUAUAUUGAAUCCUUACGAUUUUGUUUUCUCUGAGCAGGUUUUUGAAAGAGGUCGGCAGGGAGAUAAGUGAAGAUUUGGUUGUACUGAUGCCAAACUUAUUAUCCCUUUUGAAACAUGACGACCCUGCUGUUGUUAGGCAAUCAAUUGCUAGUGGGACAAUUUUAUUUGGCGCUGUCUUGGAAGAGAUGGCACUCCAGUACAGCUAAAUUCAUCUGGUAGAGUUGAUGGUUGGCUUGAAGAAAUGUGGUCUUGGAUGCUUCAGUUCAAGGACAGAGUUCAGGAUAUCAUGAUGGAGCCUGGUUCUAUUGCUACGAAGUUGCUUGCUCUGAAGUUCCUUGAAACUUGUGUUAUCUAUUUCACGCCUCAAGCCAAUGAUGAGGAAUUAACUUUAACAGAAGGAAAUGGACGGAGAUUCACUAUUUCCCAAUUAACUCGCAGUCAUCCUAACUUCAAUGUAGCCAUCCUGGAAACUGAUGCAAAUAUAAUUGUUGGUUUCCUGCUGGAUAUGCUGCGGUCAGCGAAUAAUUUUCGUGGUUCCUUUACAGUUUCUGUUAUUACUUGUCUUGCAGCCAUUGCAAAGAAUAGGGUGCUUCACUAUGAUCGCAUUCUCUCUUCGUUGCUUGGUUUUGAUCCUUAUGUUGAAACUGAGAGAGCUCAUUCUGCAAGCAUUCGAUAUUCAGUGAGGACAGCUUUUUUGGGAUUCUUGAGGUGUAGUCAUCCAUAUAUUGUUGAGUCCAGGGACAAGCUGCUGAGGGCAUUACGAGCCUUGUAUCCCGGGGAAGCAACAGAACAAUUAAUUAGGCAAGUUGAGAAGAUGUCAAGGAGUGCAGAGCGUGGUUCUCGUGAUAUCCGGGUUAGCAAGGAUGAUUCGGUGCCUGCUGAAGUGUCUGCUUCAGGUGAUCUGAUUUGGAAGAGGACUGCAUUGAAUUCUAGUGACAUUUCCACUACAUUUAAUGAGUCUCCUGCUAAGAAAGCACGAUUUGAUUUACAGGAUGAGGAUGAUCUCAUCACGGAUAAUUCUUCCAAUGGAAAUUUAAUGAAUAGCACUUUGACUCCUGCUGAGAAAAUGAUCGCAAUGAUCGGUGCUCUAAUUGCAGAAGGGGAAAGAGGAGCUCAAUCCCUUGAACUUCUUGUCAACAAUAUACAUGCAGACUUAUUGGCUGAUAUUGUGAUUGAAACUAUGAAACAUUUACCAGAAAGUCCUUUCUCUUUGUCUGCAAUUAAGCAAGAAAACCUGCCUCCUACAGAUCCCUAUAUGUCUUUUGGUGUCCAAUCAGAUAUUGUAUCAACUGCUGCAGAGAGUAACGGAAUCAGCAUGUCGACAUCUCAUGUGCCUGUUCUCUCUAGUACUGCUGAUGUUAAACGUGACCCGAGAAGAGAUCCUCGUCGCCUUGAUCCUCGUCGGGUGGUGGUACCUGCCGAUCUAAGUUCUGGAGCGCAGAAUGUGGAGAGCUCCUCUGUUAUGCAACCUGGACCUUAUUAUUCAGCUAAUAAUAAAUCUAGUUCUUUUCCUGAGACAAUCAAGGUUGAAAAUACACCAGAACCAUUACCUUCCAAAAAUGAUAUGGACUCUUUUGAGAAUUCAGCUGAUCGUGCAGUUGGCCAGCUAGUUUCCAAAGAGAACUUACAGCUUUCUGAUGAAGCUAGAGAAGUGAAGCCAUCUGUGGAAAUUGAUACACCACCCAUCGUAGUACUUCCAUCUGUUGUUAAAGAUGAGCAUGAGCCGGCAGUAUCUGCAUCAUCAGAUUUUACUGUAAAUGAUCAAGUAGAUAAUUACAUGCUUGAAUCUGACUAUUCUUCACAGACCACAAGGACAUCUACCAUUGAAGAUAAUAGUAGUCGUAAUUUGCCAAUGCUUCCGCCUUAUGUGGAUUUAAGUGAAGAGGAGAGAAGGUCGUUGCACCAAUUAGUAGUCAAGAGGAUAAUUGAUGACUUUGAGCGGAAUCUUGUUAAUGCACGACUUCCUUUGCUUGCACGUUUGGUUUCUCAGAAUGAUGGUGAUGAUGACAUAUUUAAGUUAUUACAAAAGCAUAUCAUUUUGGAUUACAACCGUCAUAAGGGUCAUGAAUUGGCAAUGCAUGUCCUCUACCACCUGCAAACUGUCAGCAUUGCUGAUUUUGGUGGGCAUUCUUCUUCCUCUGUUGUCAGCCUUUAUGAGAAGUUUCUUCUAUCUCUUGCAAAGGCCUUGGUUGAUUCCUUUCCUGCUUCAGAUAAGUCGUUCAAUCGGCUUCUGGGAGAAGCUCCUUUCUUGCCCGAUUCUGUGUUGAAAUUGCUAGAGGAUCUUUGUGUCAAUAUGCAUAGCCGUGAGCACCAUGCAAAAGACAGUGAUGGUGAUCGUAUAACUCAAGGUCUUGGAGCUGUAUGGAGCCUAAUUUUGGGACGGCCUCUUAGUAGACAAGCUUGCUUGAACAUCGCUUUGAAGUGUGCUGUUCAUUCUCAAGAUGAAGUUAGGACAAAAUCUAUUCGAUUGGUUGCCAACAAACUCUAUCCUCUUCAUUAUGCAUCAGAACACAUUGAGCAGUUCGCAACAAAUAUGCUUUUGUCAGUUGUUGAUCAGCGAGUUUCAGAGACAGAUGAUACAUCUGUGUCCUCUAGAGAACCAAAAACAGAAGCAGGAGGUAUUCAAGAGACUUCAAUUAGCAGUUCGCAGAAUUCUGAGCCUAUUCGUUUUGAAAGCGAUUCUAUGAAGUCUUCUCUUGUUUCUCCAUCUGUAUCUCUAUCUCAGGCUCAGUGUCAAACUUCGUUGUUCUUUGCUCUUUGCUCAAAGAAACCUAGUCUUCUUCGACUUGUCUUUGAUAUUUAUGGAAGGUCUCCAAAGGCUGUCAAACAGUGCAUCCAUCGGCACAUCCCUAUCCUAGUGAGGAGUCUAGGAGCAUCCAACACAGAAUUACUGAAUAUUAUUUCUGAUCUACCUGACGGCGGUGAAAACCUCAUCAUUCUGACAUUGGAAACACUGACUGAAGACUCAACUCCUUCGAAGGAUCUUAUUGCAACCGUUAAGCGUUUAUAUGAGACCAAGUUGAAGGAUGCUGCUAUUCUCAUUCCACUUCUAUCUUCACUUUCGAAGGAAGAGGUGUUGCCUAUAUUCCCUCGCCUUGUUGAUCUUCCGUUGGAUAAAUUCCAAGCAGCACUUGCUAGGAUAUUACAGGGUUCAGCUCACACUGGUCCGGCAUUAACACCUGCUGAAGUUUUGAUCGCGAUUCAUGAUAUUAAUCCUGAGAAAGAUAGGGUUGCUCUUAAAAAGAUAACAGACGUCUGCACUGCUUGUUUCGAGCAACGCACAGUUUUUACACAACAAGUAUUGGCUAGUUCCUUGAACCAACUGGUCGAGAAAGUACCUCUUCCUCUCCUUUUUAUGAGAACAGUAAUUCAAGCAGUGGAUGCUUUCCCAACUCUGGUCGAUUUUGUUAUGGGGAUUCUGUCCAAGCUUGUGAGUAAGCAGAUUUGGAGAAUGCCGAAAUUGUGGGUGGGUUUUCUAAAAUGUGCUUAUCAGACACAGCCACACUCUUUUAAUGCCCUAUUGCAGUUACCAUCGCCACAGCUUGAAAAUGCUUUGAUUAAAUAUCCAAACCUACGGGUUCCUCUUGCUUCUCAUGUCAGCCAGCAGAACAUGAGGAACACAUUGCCGAGACAAACCCUGAAGUUACUAGGGCUCACAAAUGAUCCGCAAUAGCAGACGCCGCCAUCGUCAUUUUACGCUUCCCAGUGUAUGCGUCAGACUCGAGCUCAUCGGUCCACAGUGCCACCCUUUACAUGAUUCGGAGAAGUUUGAACCUUUUUGCGGGCUUGAUCGGUCUCCUAAGUACACAACUUUCCAAUCAAAAGAUUCGGACAUAACGUAUUUUGGUCUAAGUGUAUGUCUCCUGCAACGGUAAGCGCCAAAGCGCACAUUAUUGGGGG